AUGGAGACUGUCAAUUCUCAUAGUAUGGCAGUAUUUUAUGCUGGGAGAGUUAUCGCUGGCGUAGGUCUUGGGGCCGCAAGUGUGGUUGUUCCAAUGUUCAAUGCGGAGAUGGCACCGAAGGAAUUGCGAGGACAGAUUGGGAGCUUUUUUCAAUGGUUUUACACUUUUGGAAUUUUUACUUCCUAUUGGGUUGACUACGCCAUGGCUGAAGUAGUCCCUUCUGUGUCCAGACAAUGGCAGAUUCCUAUCGGUCUCCAGAUUAUCCCAGCUGGUCUUCUUGGUUUGGGAAUGUUUACUUUGAAGGAAAGUACUCGUUGGCUUACCAAGAAAGGAAGACACGACGAGGCUUGGGAAAGUUUGAAGUGGAUUCGAGCAGAUGAAUCGCAAGCUACGAUUGAAGAGAUGGAAGAAAUUCGUGUAGGCGUCGAAAUGGAACAGCGAGCUACCGAAGGAUUUCAAGUGAGGGAACUUGUUGAAAGGGAUAACUUCAAUCGUAUUUUCACAGCAUUCGCCAUCUUUACAGCUCAACAAGCUACAGGUGCAACAGCUUUUGCCUGUUACGGGCCGCAAUAUUUCAAGCUGCUCGUCGGCGGUGGAAAUCGGGAUUUACUACUGACUGCCAUCUUCGGUGCAAUCAAAAUUGUAGCGUGUGGAGUCUUUGUACUCUUCCUUUCCAAUCGCAUUGGUCGUCGAGCAGCUUUGAUUGGUGGAGCAGUAUUUAUGAGUGCAUGUCAAAUUACAACUGCAGUCGUGGUCAAAGAACUUCCAGCUACAAAGACUGCUGGUGUCACAAGUAGUGGAAUUGCGACAGUAGCUCUCAUAUACAUGUUUGUGAUUGCAUACAAUCUUUCAUGGGGACCACUACCGUGGCCAUAUGUAUCUGAAAUCUUUCCAACGAGAAUCAGAGGACCAGGUAUCGCAAUUGGAGUGUCAUCUCAAUGGCUUUUCAACUUUGUGUUUUCUUUAACGACUCCGUACAUGAUCGAGAACCUUGGAUGGGGUACAUUCCUACUCUGGGGUCUGUUCGAUGGCAUAAUUGCAGUUAUAUCAUUCUUUUUCUUGCGCGAAACUCAAGGAUUGAGUCUGGAAGAGAUAGCGCAUAAUGAUUAUGGACGAGCAACAACUUUCAAAGAGGACGAUAUCUUGGUUCAACAUGGCCCGACGACAACUUACGGAUCGGCGACUAAAUGA